CGGGGGCGGAGCCUGGGGAGUCGUGUUUUGCAUCAGGAGCCGGCGGAGGAGGCGGCGCCGCUGGCACUCUUGACCGGAGGGUCCCCUUCGGGUCCGCUGCCCUGUAGUGUUUCUCCCCACCCCCCGCCCCACCUUCGCGGCCGCCAUGUACCGGGCCCUGUACGGCUUCCGCUCGGCCGAGCCCAGCUCCCUGGCCUUCGGCGCCGGAGAGACCUUCCUGCUGCUGGAGCGGAGCAACCAGCACUGGUGGCUGGUGACCCGGGCGGGCUCCGGGGAGACGGGCUACGUGCCGGCCUCUUACCUGCAGCGCCUACAGGUGCUGGAGCAGGAUGUGGUUCUGCAGUCUAUUGACAGAGCUAUUGAGGCCAUUCAUAAUGCGGCAAUGAAGAAUGGGGGGAAAUACAACUUGGAGCAGAGGGAUGUCCUCCAGAAGCUGAUACAUCAUCGGAAGGAAACUGUUUCCCGCAAAAGUCACUCACCAUCCACUCAAGGAAUGACUCCAUCUUCCAGUGAUCAUCACCUGGACCUAGCCAGGCAACCCAAUGGCGUCUGCAAGACUGGAUAUGAGCGACACCAUAGCUUGCCUAACACAGAUCCCCAAGAGGAGGAAAUCGGUGUUUACCAGAUCCCACCACAGCCACGCCGUGCUGCUCCUGUUACUCCGCCACCGCCAGAGAAAUACAAAAACACACAGAUGGCUGCCUCUGCUAAAAACGCAGUUGAAAUCACCUCUGGGUCAGUUUCUUGUGCCUCCUCUGUAAGCACAACUUCGCUGGAUACCUUGUACACUGGCUCAACAGAGUCUGCUCUCCCGACUGCUACUCCCAGCCCCAGCAACACCCCUCCCCCUGUCCCCAGCAGAAGUGCCCACACGAUGGCAUCGCACAGCUUGGAUAUUAGCCCUCCAGGGCAAAGAAAGCAUGGGAGUGCAAGCAAAUCACCCCAGACCAAGAGGGCUGCCCCACAAGUGCCCAUGCAAGCAGGGGCUUUGGGUGCAAAUGAUGAGAAGAGCGUACAAGCCAAGGAGACUGUGCCAGUUGCUCCUGCGGAGGCAGAGGAUUUUGGCUCCCUUUGCCCGGAAGAUAAAAAGUCAGCUGAUCUAGAGGAUGCAGAUCAUGAAUCACCAAGCCUAGUAGUAUCUGUGCCAAAGACAAUAGGUGCCGAAUUGAUUGAACUCGUCCGCAGGAACACGAAUCUCAGCUAUGAGCUCUCCCGGGUUGCCAUUGGUGUAGUAAUUGGCCAUAUUCAAACUUCUGUUCCUGCCACUAAUAGCAUCAUGGAGCAGAUUCUCAUCUCACUGGUGGAAAGCAAGGAUCUUUGUUCAGGACUGCCUUCUGGUCAGAUCUGCCAUGACGAACAGAGGCUAAAGGUUAUAUUUACAGAUCUGACCCGCCAUAAAGACGAUGCUCAGCAACGCAGCUGGGCCCUCUAUGAAGAUGAAAAUGUCAUUUGCUGUUACUUGGAGGAACUGCUUCGUAUUCUGACCGACGCGGAUCCAGAAGUCUGCAAGAAGAUGUGCAAGAAGAAUGACUUCGAAUCGGUUAUGUCCCUUGUUACAUAUUAUCAGAUGGAGCACAGGGUGCCAUUACGGCUACUGCUUCUGAAGUGUUUUGGAGCAAUGUGCAACUUGGAUGCUGCUAUAAUCUCUGCUCUGGUGAAUUCGGUCCUGCCAAUGGAGCUAGCUCGAGACAUGCAGACUCAUACCCAAGACCAUCAGAAGAUGUGCUACUCUGCUUUGGUGCUGGCUAUGAUAUUCUGUAUGGGAGAACCGCUGCCAUAUCAUCACUAUGAGCACCUCAAUUCCCAGUUUGUCCAGUUUCUGUUGGAUGUGAUUGAAGAUGGGUUGCCAUCAGACACCACAGACCAGCUGCCUGACCUGUUCAUUAAUGUUCUUCUGGCUUUUAACCUUCACAUUCCAGUGCCUGAGCAUAAUGUGAUCAUGGUUACCGUGAGCAAGCACCCCAAUGUCAAAACCUUCACAGAAAAGCUUCUUCUUCUCUUGAACCGUGCAGACGACCCCGUGCGCAUCUUCAAGCACCAGCCGCAGCCGCCUCACUCCGUGCUGAAAUUUCUACAGGACAUCUUUGCCAGCAAGGACACGGCAAACAUCUUCUACCACACAGACAUGAUGGUGAUGAUCGACAUAAUUGUGAGGCAGAUUGCAGAUCUCUCCCCCGGAGAAAAGCUGCGGAUGGAAUACUUGUCUCUGAUGCAUUCUAUCAUCCGGUCGACGCCAUACCUGCAGCACAAGCACCGUUACACUGACUUGCAGAGGACCUUGCAGCGCAUCAUGGUGGAAGAGGAAGAGAGUCAGCAGUGCCAGAUGGACAAAAUGAUAAUCCAAGAGAUCUAUAAGGAGUUUCCAGAAAUAUCUCCUGGAGACAGCUAACUGGUGCGGGGAAAGGCCAGCUUGGGAUAAGAAUGCCUCUUGUGGUUGUAUCCUUUCCAUCCCUUUUUCCAGUACCACUCAUACCUUAUUAUCCCUUCAGGUGAGCCCUAAGGUUUAAGUGGAGUGCCAUAAGGCCCUACAGGUGGAAUGUUCAGCGUUUAUGCAAGUCAGUGAGCAGUUAGCUAAAGCUGAUUGUUGUCUGCCCACUUCUAAGGGGUGGGGCAAAACAGCUGUGUCUUCACAGAUGGAGUGCUUUGACAAGUCUAGGAGAAUAUACCUCCCUAGUGACCUUUGCACAGGAGAGAGGGCAGAGGCCUGUGACCUUGAGGGUCUUUGAGCAAGAGGUCUCUGCUGUCAGCAUCCAUUUCCACCUGCAUUUCUUGUCCUGCCGCUACCCAGUGGAGUAGGCCAGUGUUUGCGGCCAGCUUUUGUAACAUCUUGUCUGCUGUGUCUAGUGCUCAAGUGCUGCAAUCCUAGCCAAGGGAGCUGCUGCUUGCUACUCUCUUUAGUCCUGUGUCCAGUGAGCCUUUCGGUCCUUUUUAAACCCCGCUGCUUGAUCUCUGGGUUAGAUACUGGCUUAUCUGGGGUCUAAUGCAAGUAAGCACCUGCUUCUCUUCUUGUUCUAUGCCGUGGUGUUUGUGCUUGAAUUCCUCACCCACGGCACCAACAGAGAGAUAUCGAUGGUCCAGGCAGCAGGGGUUCCUUCGACAGAUCUUCUGCCUGGACUCACUGCUAAGGUGUGUCCUUUUUAAGAGUUGCUGCUUGUCUCCUGCGGUGUGCUGGCCUUGUUGCCUCUGGCACUGCACACACAAGGACCAUGUAUCUGUAGAUGGCAAUGCACGCUCUUCUCCCUCCAGCCUGGGGGUGUUCCUUGCCUUGAGCUUAAUAGCAAUUGGCUCUGCCUAGCUUUACCUUUUAUGUCCCGGAGGCUGCUUAAGCCUGGUAUCUGAUAGCUCUGCUCCUUAAUAUGCACAAAUCGGGAGAGCUCCCUUUUCUUUAUCUAAUUCCUCCAGGUCUCCUGCAAAAUGGAUUUGCCUGCUUUUUCCUAUUUAGAUCUUUCCGACAGGCUCACAUACUAAUACGGGUCUGUAAUAUCUUAAUAAACAUGCACGCUGCCAAAGCUCUUUGCAGAGUGGGUUAACAAGAGCUUUGCAACCUUCAGUGUUAGAAGUAGCUUGAAUUAAAACUGGAACUAUUUGGAUAACCUCUAAACCUAAUGUGAACCAAAUAAAUAAAGGAAUUGCCUUGGGCCAGGGCAUCUGCUUUGGUAUGAUGUCAGUGCUGGGAGCCUCUAGAAUUGGCCAUCAGGUUUGAGCUGGUGAGCAGUGUUAGUUUGGGGGUCACUGUCUGAGACAAGUGAACAGCCCUGUUUUUAAGUGAAAUGUUUAAAAUGAAAACCAUUGUGAGCAUUGAAAGGGAUUUGUAUUUUCAUAGAAUCAAAUAAACAUAGUCAAUGGAUAAAUAUUUGUGUGUGUGUUUCAAUUUGAUAGUAUUUGCAUAUUCUGUAUCAGUUGCAGGAUUUUGGAAGUAUGUUUUUGCGAAGGGCAAGACAACACUGCAGAAUUGCUAGCUAAAGCAGUCCGCACAUGUCGCUAACGCUUUGUUUUAUUAUAGCCUUGGGCCUGGUGACUUCAAAACCUGGUUGCCCCCUGUUGUCCCUUGCCUGCUCCACUUCACUCCCAGAACCAGCUCAACAAUGCAGAUAAAGUGGAUAUCUGGGGUGUCCCAAUGCAACAGGCACCCAGCCAUACAAAUAGGAGCACAUGGACUUAGACCAUUGCACUGCUUCUGGUGUGGCAAACUCCCAGUGUAAAUGGAGAGAGUACCCUAGCAUUCUCUGCAAUUUGAGCAGGGACACCUCUGCCCUGUCUAGGACAACCAUAUAAUGCUUGCAAUUCUCCCUCUCCCUGUCCCCACCUCAAAUAUGGGAGGAUGAACAAAAAGAGAACCACCACUCCAACAGGAUUUGAUUCUAUUCGUUUUAUUUUAAAUGAUUAAAAAGAAAAAAACACCUUGCAACUUUCCUCCCCCACUUUGACAUACAAUUUUUGCCAGGGGAGGCAGGUAGGAAGCACCAAGACUGUAAUAGCAGAGAAAAUGGUGCAGAGGGGUUUCCUCUUUGUUCGUUCGUUUGUUUGUUUCAUCCCAGCAGUGAAUGAAUAGGUGGCUGGCAUUGAGGAAACUGCCAAGAGCUUCUGCAGCCCUGUGUGUUCAUUUGAUUAUCUUAAAAUGAUUCAAUUACAGUUGCUUCCUAGCUUUUGGAGUUUGGGCGAUUUCAGCUAGUCACUGAGAACAAAUAAGCUCAAGGUGUCUUUAUUAUUGGUGGGGGUUGUUUAAAGCACCAUCUUUGGCUUGAGAAGUACAUUAAGUGAGGUUAACUCUCCAGUCAGGGUAUCAUGUCCAGUGCCAGAUUUAUGUAUAAACUAAACAAGUUAUAGCUUAGGGCCCCACUCUCUUGGGGGCCCCCAAAAAAAUUAAAGGAAAAAAAACCUGGAUGUACAUUUCCAAAAUAUAAGAUAAAAAACAAAGGAAAUAAAACCUACAUAUAUUUAGAGCUUAAUAAUUAUUUCACUAUUAAUAUACUUCUUAAUUGUAUUUCAGUUCAACAAUUAACUUGAUAAAAUACAUAUUUUGUUAUGUGCAAAUGGCUUUAGAUACCUAUUAGGUCCAUAAAUUACCAUAUAGCAUAUAUUCAACACAAAAAAACAGAGACAAUUUGUUGUUGACAAAGGACAGCUGGACAUAUAAAGGGCCCCAUUACCUUCAGUAGCUUCUUCUUCUUCAUCUUCAUCUUCUUCUUCUUGUCUGAUUGUUCGUGACCCCAGGGACCAGAGCACGCCAGGCACUCUUGUCUUCCACUGCCUCCCGCAGUUUGGUCAGACUCAUGUUGGUGGCUUUGAGAACACUGUCCAGCCAUCUCGUCCUCUGUUGUCCCCUUCUCCUAGGGCCUCAUCAAACCUAAAUCCGGCCCUGAUCAUGUCCUAGUGUGGUCAGAUCAUUGCUUCUCCCAUCUUUGGUUCUGCAGAUCAUGAAGAAGUCUUCUUUCUUCCUUGUAUCUUCAUAGAUUAAAACCAUGACUGACCACUCGGUGAGCACUCCUCCUGUGUGACAUUAGAGCACUUAAGUCAGGGCUGGCAAACCUGUGGCCCUCCGUAUGGUGUUGGACUGCAACUUUCAUGAUCAUUAUCUAUGAUGGCUGGGGGCUGCCACCCAACACCCUCAAUUUUUUUAUUGGGGGGGACCGAAGGGACCUCGGUCGCUAGGAGUUGGCUGCUAUGCUCCUGACUUCCUACCUGGUUCAGUAUUUUGUGGAACUUUUUAGAACAUCAAGAGGACAUUAACUGAAUACUUCAUUCCUUGUUGUGCAGGCCAAAUUUGUUGGGCUUAUGAACAACCUGUGCAUGAUAAUACAUCAAAAUUAAGGUAGAGCUAGAUCUGUCACCCAUGAAUUGUAUUUUGUCUGCAUUUAAAAUUGCAGACCAUCACAUUUUUGCUUGCAGGGCUGAAUUCUUUUUUUAAAAGACAAGCAAUGCAUGAUGCCAGCAGCUACUUCUGACUGCUCCCUACACAAUAUCUCUCUCUCUUUCUCAGAUUGAAAAUAGGUGUAGUGCAGUUACGCUUGUCUGCCAAUCUCUGCUCAUCUGUGGCAGUGAAAUAACUUCAAUAAAUUGAGAAGGAACUAAUAUCUCCAAGGUGCUUGAUAAGGCCUUUCCAGGAUAUUGUACAAGGAAGAUGAAUAGCUUUUGCAAAGCCUUCCUCAUAUUGUGAUAAGGCCCAUUAUGUAAUAACGGUGUCCUAUAAACUGAAGGAGACAUCUUGUCAAAGAGUCUGAUUGGAACGGAGCAGGCCUGGCAUUUAAUGAGAUGCCUUUGACCCCUAUGUCUGCCUAAACGCCUUUCCUAAAAGAGGAUAAGGGGAGGGGGAUGCUAUAAGCACCCCCCUAGUAAGGCUAUCUUUGUUCACUUUUGCAUGUAUGCCUUGUGCUGUACCCACUGUUGGCCCUAGAAAUUUCAAAAAUUGUGUGUAUUUUUGCUUUCAUUUUUUGAGCCUACAAUAAGAGUCCCUUAAUCAGUUUAUACAUUUCUUGGAAGGUUUGGAAAAGGCGAAAUGGGCAAGGUUGUCCCUGGUGUCUGUAGGAGGGGUAUGCCACUCUGAGGACAGUUUUGACAGCAUGGGAGUGAAUUGUUGGAUAGUCUGCUGUGGGGGGGGGGAUCAAAACCACAUUUAUGUAUAUCUGAUCGUACAAGGAUAUUCCUACACAGUGCAGAAGAGAGGGUGUACAUAAAACAUUUUUUAAUUCAUUUUUCCUAGCUGAUCCUGCGGCUUUUUUUUUCUACUGAUACUAUAGAAAUGCAUCUCCUCCGAUCUGAAAUUUUACAGAUGAGCAAGAUGUGUCUUUUGUUCACGAAUUUCAUGGAGGAAUUCAGAAAUGUGAUUUCUCCCAGGCCCCUUAGUCCUUGUUCCAUUGAUAAUGUUUGGCUUUCCCUUCCCCCUCUCCCAGUUGGUAUAAUCUGCAUUCAUUUUUUUUUUACUUUGCAUUUUCUGAAAGAGGCAACUCAGGAGUUGAAUCAAUUCUUACUUACUAGGAAAAAUGGAAGUGGGUGCAGGAUUGGCAACUAAAAUUCUAGGUUGGAACGUACCAGUAAUUGUUCUUAUUCUUUGAGUGUAUGUCCAUGCACGUCUGUGUGCAUGCAGUUUUUUUAAAAAAAAAUGUAUUGUACACUGAUUUAAAAAACUGACUAUUAAGCUUGAAUACUUGAAAUAAAUUAUAAAUGUCAUAUUCUCUGUAAGAAACAUCUCAAAAAAGAAACCCUUCAGUGUUUAGUUGUUGCUGGAAGAUUUACUAACGUUGUUGAAAAUGUAUUUUUAACCACCUGUUGUUAAAUAACGAAGCUGCUCUGGUAAGAGGGGGCAGUCCGUGUUUUGAUUUGUUUGAAAGACACCUGUCAGAGCAGAAUUGCAGACUUGGAAAGUUUGUAAAGCAAAUUUUUAUUUUUUUAAAAAAAUUAUAUGUUUUAAAAUGAGGUUUUAGUGCGAACAUAGUGUAGAUGCCAUUCAUGGGCUGCUGCCAGGCCGAGACUAUCUUCGGGUGGGAUUCAGUCACAUACUGGUAAAUUCAAGUUGCGCAAUUAUAGUGGGCUGGGACGUCUGGCCCAACAAAUGAAUCAGAACGAGAGCUCAUUAAAUAGCCAGUGUUGUCUAAAUUUCCUGCAAGAACAUGUAAUCUUCUUGCAAAUAUAUCACAACAAACGCUCAGCGAACAGGUCAUCUAGAAGUGUCCAUUGUCUCUCAAAGCCGAAUCCUUUACUGAACACAGAAGCUGAAUGCUGCUCUUUCUGCAGAAAGAGAAUCUGCCCAGUGCAGGAAACAUUGUGGCUUAAAUCCAACCAAGAGUUAGGCAUGCAUUGAGUUUAGUGAGUGUUCGGUUUAGGCCUAAAAAUAUGGCCACAGCAGGUAUCCUAUUAUUUUACCCUGAUCUUAAAAAUGGGGACCAGAAACUAGUAAGCCACCACAGCAUCCAGGCCCUGCUUCAGAAGAUGCUCUCCUCAACCAUCCCUUGGCCACCUGCAUGCACUCACACUGCCGUGCAGCUAGGGCUCAAUCUUGGGGGCUGAAGUCCAGGGGUCUACAACUUGGAGGGGCCCAAAACGACCACCCAAGGAGCAGCAGCAGAUAGCAAACUGGCCAAUAUCAGCCCCUGGGACUGUCAUGGGCAUGUUGGAGCUAUUGGGGUUGAUGCUGGUCCCCACAGCAUCCUUUCAGAACCAUUUGGGGAGACAUGUACAGGGUUGCAGAGCCUAUUUUUUUAUCGUUUGUACUUUUAGAAUAUAUUAACCUUGUCUACAGCAACAUGGGGGACAACAAAAGCAACCAUCUUAUCUCUGUCGCCAGGAUGGUGCUAUGAUUUAAGUGAGGCUUAAUGCUCAGAAGGUUUUUUCUUACUAGGGUUGGCAAACUGCUUUUUGCUCUAACACAUCAGGAAAGUAGAAGCAGUUGUAUGGGGUUUCAGUGUGGGGAGGGUGGUAUGCACAGCAUCACAUAAAUGUGCAGCUGGGUUCUCUCCAGAAAAACUGUAACAGAGGCACAUUCACUGGUCCCAACACAAGAAAGUGUAAUGUUGUGACAGCAAUCUGCUCCAGUUACAACUUUUCCAUCUAUCCCUUCUUAAGUCACUAAUUCGGUCACUGCAUUCAGUAGAUUGCAGCUCCUCUAAAUACAUCAUGGUAAGAGGGAGGAAAAAUGGAACCCAAGGUACUGAUGAGCAAGGGUUAAAAAUACUGAUUAACCAAAAACAAAACCCUUCCUCCUCUCCCUCCACUCAUUGCCACAUCCCCGAUGGUUUGUUUCCAUAAAGAUAGUCGUCUUCUUUUUCUUUUUAACUUCCUUAUCCCACCAUCUUUUUAAAAUGUGGUUGCCCAAAAGGAAAGCCUUGUUGUGGGUCUUUGGAGUUGAAACUGUGUGUGUUGUGGUCUUGCGUAAGGCUAAAACAAAGGCAGCUUUGGGAGUUAAAUAACGACGCUGAUGACAGGUUUGCAAAUGGAACAAAGCCUAGGUUAGCGGACAGCCUCUUGCCUCCAUUUCUACAGGUGAUUGACUCUGAACUGCCAGCUGGGAUAAUGGGCAUAGGACUGAUUGCUCUUUCCAUUCCAGGUUUCUUUCAUACAUUCAAUAACCUGCUUUUCCCUAAUAACAGGCAGGCUGUGUCCCACAAAUGCUAGGUGAUGGGUGAACCACAGAUGAAAUAACCAUUACAUCUAGGUUAUGUGCCAGUUCAUUGAAAGAGCUAGAAAAGCAACCUUUUGCAAAAGGUCAAUUGUAUAUGGUUUCCCAUUAUCUGAAUAGUGCAAUCCGCAGGAAGUUUUUAAGCCAGCAGAUAUGCACUUAGAACGGGUUCUGUCUCUCUUUGAAGUCAGCUGGACUCAACUUCCUCGAGUGUAGCUACCUCUGUUUUAAGUGCUCAGGUGCACUAAACAUGCCCAAAGAACAGCAUGGAUUACUUACAGGUCUACAGACCUUGAUAAUGAUGGGCAACCUUGGCCUUCUUAAUGUAGUGCCUGGUGACUUCAUCGCCAGCUAUCAUAACCCUCAAACCUAACUAUCUUUUCUGUAAUGGGCCAACUCCUACCAAUGUGAACCAUUCUACACCAUGCUGCUGGUUCAGACUAGAGCAUCUGUGUCAAUGCUUGGACCAUCCAUAGCUGCUGGGGCCUCUGUCUGGGGAGAGAUGCUCAGCUGUUGAACAGCCCUGCACUAAAUCAAAUCAGACUGUAGCCCAGAACAGGAUGGCUACUUGAAACCUCUUGAGUUUUACCAGGGCAACAACCUAGGAGUACAGUAUCCCUUUCUGAUGGUGUUGCAUGCUAACAGAGACUGUACAGUUAAGCUUGCCAUGAUGUGUUUUGGGACUCUAACUGAUGCUAACAAGUCAACUGCUCUAAGUCCCUUUAGCAGGCUUGGAGGACCUGUGACCCUCUAGGUGUAGUCAGACACCAACUUCAGCCCUGGCAGUUGGCCAUGCUGACUGGGACUGAUGGGAGAUGGAGUCUGGCGACACCUGGGGGAGCCGCAGGUUCCUUAUAUCCCUGCCCUGGAGCUGUAAUGCUGUUGAGCAAGUCACAUCUAGUGUGUCUGCUUCCUGCCAAAGGGCAUGAAUUUGUGCCUUGUAUUUGGUGGGGUAGCCUAGGAAUGUGAGUUUUCUGCUGUGCUACAGAAGAGACAACCUUGACUUCAGCUCUUUUGCACAGCUUGACUUAAGUUUAGCUGGGCCACCAAUGACUGAACUGUCAGUGUUUCCUUGGCUACUCUUAUCUGUUCUUUUUUAUAUAUAUAAUCGACCCUUCUCUUUGCUGCUCGCCUCUUAUCCUUUCCGACUUCUAAUAUUUCCCCCUCUGCUCUCAACAGGUAGGCAGACUCUAGCCAUGUAGCAGCCCACUGUUUUCUUUUGUGCAGAACUCCCCCAAUUGUACUUGCUUCUUAUACCUAGUGCUGAACAUUAAUGAGGCUGUAAACCCCUGUUAUUCCUAAGCCUAUUAGAGGCUUCAGUGGAUUAUAGUAUGAUAUUAGCUUUAUCUCUUAUCAGCUGAUGGCAAAAGUCACAAGAAUGAUGUAGUCAUCAGCCCUCGCUACUCAAAGAGCAGCUUCUUUUCCCCCCUCUCCCCCCAAUUUUUUUUUAUGAAGGUGGGGAGGGCAUUUUGACAAUGCCCUGUUUCCCUCCCUCAGAUGCAAAGAUUAUUUUUAGCUUGCAGUGCACGGGAACAGACUUAAAGCCAUGCAUACAUGCAAAUAAGCCCACACACGAAAAGGCAAGUGUCUGCGGCUAGGAGCUACAUAACCAAACAUUGCGUUAGCAAUUUUUAAGGCAAAUCUUUGCUUAUAUGCAUCUUUGCUUAUA